AUGGUGUGUGAACCUGGUAUAAAAGUGCCUAACUCUGUGUUAAACUUGUGUGAAGACUCUUUUACUGCUGCGGAUGAAAAGAGAGUUAAAGCUAGUACUCAGUUCUUCUCAGACACAGGUCUAAUGGCAAUGCUCUGUCGACAUGAUUGGGUUCUGUGGCUUGCUAAUAUGACUUCAGCUGGUGAAAAGCAACAUUAUGUUCUUGUUCUUUUGGAGCGUCUGUUUGAUCAUUUACCCUCUACUGCAUGUUGUUUCACACUUAUGGUCAUCAUUGAUACUCAAGCAAAACAUCUGGACCGCAAAUCUCUCAUGGGUCUGGGGGACUGGCUCAGGAGAAAAUGGAAUGCUGCUAUUCUGCGAAGAAAUGAGGCUACAGCUGUUUUGGCUGAACUUCAGCAGAAAAAUAUCACUGAAGAUCUCUUGAGAGAAAAUUGGGCUGCUCAGAUGGCUCACCAGACAAAACCAAGUCCCAGGCAAGCAAAAAACUUGGCGGACAAGGUUAUUCAAGAGAUUUUGGAGCUAAAGGAUUCUAUGACGGAACUCAAAGCAGAGCUAUAUAAGUUUGAGACAAUGAUUCAAAAGGGGAAAUAUGAUGAUGGCUGGGAGGUUUCAGAGUGCAAAUUUGAACUAGAUAGUUUAGAGCAAGCAUAUCGUAAGACAACAACCAAUAAAUCUCAAAUAAAGCGCAAAGAACCAGGAAUUCAAAAGUUGGCCAAGAAAUACAAUGAUAUCUGUGCUGAACUGGAAAAGAUGAUUAAAAGAAAAGAAAUUCCUCAUGGUGCAUGUGCACCACACAGAAUAGCCACUGAUGGCCUAUUCAAACUAGAUGUUGAUGAUGACAUCUGGCAGGAUGUUGGUUUAGAUGACAUGGAUCUCUGUUCUGGCAGGGAAAUCCCACAAUGGCUGGGUGAUGAAGGUGUGCAGAAAGGAAUUAAAUCAUUAAUGGAGCUGGAUCGAUGCCAGAAAGAGCUGCGACGAUUGUCCUAUGAGCGUAGUGCAAUGCAAGAAUGGUUUGAAGAAGAGUGGAAGUGUGUUAUGAUGGCUAUGGAAAUUGAGGAACUUGCACUGGCACAAAAUUGGGAAUCAUCUGAAAUGACAAUGGAGAAUGAGAUUGAUGGUAAGGAAGAGGAUGAGAGUGAUGAUGAUGAAGACCAAGAGGAUGAUGCAUGUGAAAAAAUAGACUAUUGUUCAUUGAUUUCACUUUUCUGCCUCCAGAAACAUCCAAGAUACUUCUCAGUUCUACUACUAUUUUCUGAAAGUAUAUUCUGGAAAGAAUUCAUUGUCCAUAAAUUUACAAUCAAAACUCAAGAGAAAGAGGAAGGGAGGCAGGGAGAGAAGAAGAGGAGGAGAGGAAGAAAGGAAGAGAAGGAGAAAAACAACAAAGAACUUGGUGAACUCUUGUCUGUGAAGGAUGGUAAUACAGGUGUGGGUGGAAUAAGGUGCAACUUAAGAGAGAAGAAGAGAAAGAUCAAAGCACUUUGUCAACUCGAUGGUAAUACAGAUGUGGUUGGGGUGUGCAACUUGAGAGAGAAGAGAAAGAUCAAAGCACUUUGUCAAUUCGAUGGUAAUACAGAUAUGUGGGUGGGGUAUGCAGAUAAGGUGCAACUGGAGAUCCCAGAGCUGAAGUAA